GUUUCUUUAUCCAGGUCAGCUUUACAGUUGCCAAUCCAUCCACCCCCGCCCCACCCACUCACCGAGUUCUGGGCAUCGUGGCGGCGGCGGACAUGCCCACGGGAGCAGCGCCGGCACCGCCGGCGCCCAGCCCCUGGUGGGAGGGCGCCGGAGAUUCUAUCGGCGACGCGUGGAACCAGUUCACCAGCGGGGAUGCCGCAGUUGGCGGCGCCCAGCAGCUGCUUGCGAGCUGUGGCCUUGUGGCAGGUCGCCUUCUUGUGAGGAUGCCAAGAAUUCUGCGAUGUUGGGCGCAGGCCGAUGUUAGGCCGAUGAUUUGGCCAGUGAUUUUCUAUCAUAAAUUUGGGCCUCAUACUUCGGGCACUGCAAGGCUUACGGAGGUAGAGAAUGCUUCUGCUUCAAGCCUGCGCGAUCUGUAUUUGUUGAUCCUUGCGGCCACCACGUUGCAUGUUGGAAAUUAAUUGAUACGUGCUGACCUGAGAUCAGGCCAGCGCCCCGGAAAAUGUGCGGACUCUUUCAGUGAGUGGGAGGAUAUUCAAAGGCCGCCUUGCUUGGUGAGGGCUUUUUCCAAGUGCUGCAAGCUGAGAGAGUCCCGUUUUGCAUCAUGGCAAAUGCUCGGUGUGGCGAUGGGCGAGUCAGAUUUGCA